AUGGCAGCGACCAAGGAGGUCGUCACUGACCUCGAUGUUGAAAACAUGGACAGCAGCUCGUCGAGGCAUAGCCACGAGUCGACGUCCUCGCGGCAUACCACGACAGCACCCGCCCAGUUCAGCUCGCCAAAUGAGCCGCAAUCCCCGCCAUUCAAUGCGGCAAUGGAGGCGCUGCGGCGCAUGCGGCCGCCGGCCAAGGGUGCGACGCCGGUCACGGACCCGGACAGCGCGCUGCCCUGCGGUCACCACUUUUACGCGAUGCUGGUCGCAUGCUCCGGUACCUUGGCUGCUGGAACCGCACUCGGGUUCGCCUCGGCCGCCAUGGAAUCCAUUGAGCGCCAACCCUGGUACGACCUGCCACGGAUUCCGCCUGAGACGCAGCCGAGAAAUUACGUAGCCAUGAGCGCCGGGCUUCUGACGGCUUACUCGCUGUCCGGAUUUCCCUGGGAAGUGCAGGCGGGCGGUUGCGCCCUCACGGCCGUCCCCAUGCUGGCGAUGCAGCGCUACAUUGUCGAAAACCCGCGCUGGCUGCUUGCACGGGACCGCUCUUUGGACGCUGACACGGCCGUGUUGCGACUGUACGGCAUCGACCCGCCCGCUGACUUCCGACAGCGCAAAGUCGAGGGCGCCUCGGACCAGCAGAGAUCCGCAGAUGCCAGCCGAUGGCCGAAGGAAGCCAGGAAUUUCACGGCUUGUCUGCUACUCUACCUUCUUCAGAACAUCUCCUGCGCUCAGCUUUGCCUGCUUCGAGCUGUGCAGGUGAUGGCCGGCGCAGUGGCAGACGUGCCCCCACAGGCCUUCGCUAUGUUCCUAAUCAUCUUGCACAUAGGAUGCGCCACUUUAGCCAUUACCGCAACAAAAAAAGCCAGCCGACGUGGACUGCUUGGUCUGUCGGCCUUACUGGUCGCAGCUGUUUUGUUCAAACUGCGACCACUGGAUCAUCUUGGCUUCAUAGACUGGACCGUGGACAAGGACUCCACCAGAGCCAGCUGGACGGUCUUGCUUUCGGUGGGCCUGCUCGUGCUGGCUUACUCGGUGGGCUUGUGCCACAUCCCCGCACUGCUCACCGGCGAGCUGAUCCCUCUGCGGCGGCGAUACGUCGGCUCCUCGUUCGUGUGGGCGUCGCGGUGGUCCCUGACCUUCGUGAUGAUCCACUUCGACGAGGACGUGCUCGCCGCUUUCAAGAACAGGGGAACACUGCUCACGCUCAGCGUGGUGGUCGCAGUGGUGGCGGUCACUGCCAUUGCUCUCAUCCCCGAAACCGAAGGACGCACGCUGACGGACAUUCAUAGAUAA